UACUGUUAAACUAACACAUGAUCUGAGUUCAAAAUCAUUGCAGUUGUGUCCGAGUCAUCUUACUAUAGCUACUAAAAUUCUGACCGAUCUUUAAAAAUCUCACACUUAAGAUUGAUACCCCACCCCAUUAAUGCACCUCUCACUCCCGUGAGUAAAAAUAAUCAAUCCUCCGCCUAUAUCACCGGCGGCACACCGUCGCCGGCAACCUAUUUCUCACUCAUUACUUUACUUGCUCAAUAAUUACAUUUCCAUUUUCAUAUACUUUAUUUUUUUGGAUUUGAUUGAAAAUUGAGAUUUGUGAAGCUGAAUAAAAAACCUUUUUUUUUCCUUCACAGACAAAUACCCGCACACUCAUUUUUUUUUUUCUUUUCCUUCUUCAACCACCGUCUUCUGUUUUCGCUUGCUUCACACUCUUCUUCAACAACCCACCAAAAAUCUUCACUAACCCUUCAACCAAAAAACUCAAAUUCUGAAUCUUUGAGCAAAAUAACCACGUGGGUUGUGUUUAUUUUUUAGAGAGAGAAACUCUAGAGAUAAACAGUGUAGAGAGAGAAACAGUGUCGUGUGUGGUAUGGUAUGGCUCAGCAGAGGCAAUCGGGAACGGAGAGGCUUGGGGUGAGAGUAGGGUCUCUGGAUCUGCAUAGCACCAAUGGCUCCAGUGAUCAUGUUGCUAUUGGGAUUCGCGGUGGUGUUGGGAUUAAGCAGCCGCGGCUCCGGCGAUCGGCACGAUCCGAUAGAGGAGUGCGGUUUUCAGUGAUUGCAAUCUUGGUUUUUCUCUUCAUCGUACUUGUUGUUACUUUCAUGGUGUUUUCUUACAUUUCUAGAGAAGGUGAAGUUUUGAGUUCUGAAUUAAGUAACAAGGGUGAUGAUACUGAUGAUAUAAAGGGUGAUUCUGAUUUUCUUACAAAUGUACCACGGAUAGAGAAGAAAGUUCUUGAUUUUGGACAUGAUUCUGGGGGACGUGGCCGAGAUUCGAGGUAUUGGGAUAAGGAUGAUAGGAGAAGGGAUGGUGGUUAUGAUGAGGAUAUGAAGGAUCAGAUAAGUAAGGAUCUUGGAGAUGCAAAUGCUGACGAUGCUAAUCGUGUAAAGAUGAAUCACAGUAUUAAGUUUUCCCAGGAUGGUUCUCACACGGGUUUAAGGCGAAAAGGUGUUGGCUUGUAUAAUGAGGCGGGGCGUCAUGAAUUGAAAAGGUAUGAAGCAGAAUACGAGGCUUCUUUGAAAAAUGUGAGACACUCCGCUGGAGAUGGUGAGAAAUUACCGCAUGAUGCUGAUAUGGAAAAGAAGAAUGCGGCAGUCGACAUUGAUGAUGAGUAUGAUGACUUUUUCGAUUCUCACGAUCCUCAAACGGAAGACUCUGCUGAUAGUGGAAAUAUGGGAGGGAAACAUUCUAAUGCACUAAGUUUGGACAGUGAAGUUCAGAAUGAAUCUCAUGAUUCUUCUGAUAUGGGAACUAAUGAUGAUGUUACUCCUGAGGAGGAUAUUGAUGGGGAAUCUUCCCUUAACAAAAAAAAUUCUCCUGGUGGAAAAACAAAUUCUAGACUUUCAGAUAUUGCAAAUGAACGAACCAACAGAAAAUCACGUCCUGAAACAAAGAGGAAAGGCAAGCGUCGCAAAUACUCAGGUUCGUGUGAGAUGAAGGUGUUGAACUCAACAUCUCAACUUGUAGAACCACUAGAAAGUCGAAAAUUUGCAAGAUUUAACUUACAAUAUGUGGAGACAGAAGAGAAGCCACUGGGAGUAGAACAAUGGACGCCAAGAUUUGCCGGCCAUCAGAGCUUAGAAGAGAGAGAAAAUUCAUUUUUGGCACGUGAUCAAAACAUAAAAUGUGGUUUUGUUAAAGGCCCUGAAGGUUCACCCAGCACUGGUUUUGACAUGUCAGAAGAUGAUGAAAGUUACAUUAGUAGAUGCCACAUUGCUGUGAUUUCAUGCAUAUUUGGAAAUUCUGAUCGCCUAAGGACCCCGGCCACCAAGACGAUCAGUCGUUUGUCAAGAAAGAAUGUCUGCUUUGUUAUGUUUACCGAUGAGAUUACAGUGCGGACACUUACUUCUGAGGGCCAUCCACCAGAUAGAAUGGGUUUCAUUGGCUUUUGGAAGUUAGUGGUAGUGAAGAAUCUACCUUAUGAUGAUAUGCGGCGAGUGGGCAAAAUACCAAAGUUAUUGGCCCAUCGACUUUUUCCCUCUGCAAGGUAUUCAAUUUGGUUGGAUAGCAAAUUAAGGCUGCAGCUUGAUCCUUUACUCAUCUUGGAGUACUUCUUGUGGCGAAAGGGUUAUGAAUUUGCAAUAUCCAAUCACUAUGAUCGGCAUUGUGUUUGGGAAGAGGUAGCACAAAACAAGAAAUUGAACAAGUAUAAUCAUACAGUUAUAGAUCAACAAUUUGCAUUUUAUCGGGCUGAUGGACUCCAAAAAUUUAAUGCAUCAGAUCUAAACAAGCUUCUUCCAAGCAAUGUACCAGAAGGCUCUUUUAUUAUUAGGGCACACACCCCUAUGUCAAAUUUGUUCAAUUGUCUCUGGUUCAAUGAAGUUGAACGAUUUACUCCUCGUGAUCAGCUGAGUUUUGCAUAUACAUAUCAAAAGCUGAGAAGGAUGAAUCCUGAUAAACCUUUUCAUCUUAAUAUGUUCAAGGAUUGUGAAAGGAGACACAUGGCUAAGUUGUUCCAUCAUAGAAUGGACGAGAAGAGGAAUACACGUAAAAAAGCAAUUGAAUAAUGAGAGUUUUUAUUAACAUUCUUCUUAUCACUAUAGUAGGCUUGAUAUAAUGUACAUGGCCAUUCUCUUCCAUAUCUGUUCAACUUGUGAUCUAUGCUGACCAUAUGCUAUAGAGUUCGUUUCACGGUUCGGCCGACUUGAUGAUUCAUUCAACACAGGGGUUUCUUGAAGAAUUGAAAUGCAUCUCAAACUACAAUCCACUAUGAUGCUGUCAUCCAUGGAAGCAUAAUUUGUGGUUAUGUUUUAUCAAUGAUUCAUAUCUCUUGUAUUCAUCAAUUUGUGACAGAAUUCAUUUAUGCCUUGGGAGACAAGCAAAGCAUCGUAUGAACCCCUAGCGGUCACUUCCACGAUUACAGCUCCUGCUCAUAUUUCAUUUCUUAAUUCAAAAUUGGGAUUGUUUGUAUGUAGAAAAUUUUGAUAGGUCAUUCACACUCAUGUUAGAAAUCUGACUCAUGAUUCUUAUCCCAUUGAUUUUAUUACUUAAAUAUUACAUUUUGCUUGCAUGGACGGAUGGGUUGCACAUACCUGACUCUGAUUUGUUUAUAUGAUGAUGGUGAUCUUUUUU